AUGGAUGCUCUGGACCUCAAUGCGGAAAAGUUCAAACAGGAUGCAGCAUAUGCCAGGCAAUGGGUUGCUGACUAUGCGCAACUGACCGAGAAAGAGGAGCUGCCCACUUCUCUUCUUGACGUUUUCGAGCGUUCCCCGGAUGUGCUGACAGAGUACGCCGAUUUCCUUGGCGAUGCAUUGCGGGACUGGUACAGCCGUCUAAUAGCGGCGGUCAAAGCGAAGCGAGAAAGUCCCCAAGAUCAGACACUCAGAGUGGCAGCGGUCUCUGCAUCGAGGGACUUCACCUGGCUGCUCGCGUUCAUCAAAAAGUCGCUCGUAAGCGUCAGCCCUGCACAGGACACCAAGAGGCCACCGUGUCUUCGAUUGACACAGCAAAUCACUAAGCUGGCGUUAACCUCGAGAGAGCCGAGUGACAUACAGUAUGCUAUCGACAUCCUCAUACUCGUUGUGCAACGGUUUCAACUGCCAGAAGAGUCCUUGGAAGAUGCGCUUCGAAUACUUUGCGCUUCAGCAAUGCGCUUGCAGCCCAUCCCAGAUCCGCUUCGCCAGUCUUUCCGUGAGAUCAUGGAAGGAUCAUUCUCCCGUCAGGCCAUGGACGUCAUGCUCGAAUUUGUCGCGAAACCGACUGCCGAAAACAAGGCUGUCGGACUCCAGGUUGGACGCGGAUCGUUACGACUCCUACAAGGCAUCGUGGAUCUUAGGGAUGAACACGGAGCUUGGACGCUAGAUAUGCCGAAGCUGCUGACUUCGACGCAGCUUGCAGCAUCGCAGCAUAUUCUUCGGUAUACACCUGAUCUUGUGAACACUCUACAUGUUGUGUUGGCUCAUGAGUCCCGCAAGGCACAGUUGCCGGAGCUCAAGAUUGCUGAACUUCUCUCGGUGCUCCAGAACUGCUUGCAAGCAGAGUCGCCCGAUCAGGAAGUGAGCUCUUCAAGCGAGCGGUACACUGAAGAUCGAAAUGCUGGAAUCAGAGCUAUUGGGAACGACAUUGAGGCAUCAUGGAGAGCCCUAAGUAUGCAGCAGAAGACCGAUGUGAGCGACUAUGCCAUACAGAACCCGCGAAUGGUGUCCACGGAGCUGUUGCGGUCCUGUCUAGACUUCAUCAGUGAGGGCCAGCAUCUGACCUUUCAGACCGAGCGUUGGCGCGAAAGGACUCAAUGGAUUCUGCAGCAUAUCAUCAGAGAUGGCGACCUGCACCCGGAUGGACGUCUUAGUGCGAUUAAAGCUCUGAGUCAGGCCAUGACGGCUCUGGGCCCGACUCCUUCUGAUGAAGCAUUCAAGGACAGCGUCGAGGUCGUGAUUGGAGACUACAAGAAAGUCCUUCUACUUCAACUCAAAGACGAAAAGGACAAAACAGUACUCGCAGAGAUCAGUGAUGCGCUCAUUAUUCUGGCAAGACGUGGGGGAUGCACAGUGUAUAUCAUGACAGAACUUACUCAGACAGUGAUCGAUGGACUUCCCACGAAAGGGCGUGGGAAGAAUGCGCUUUUUGCCACCAGAACGCUUGUCACCAUAUUUGCAGAAACAUUCGAGCCUUCCCCGAAGCUCGCCCUGAGAGCCUACAGUGGUCUCGUCAAGAUAUCGAGCCUUGAUUGUCCGUUCCGCGCUGCCCGUAUCGCAGCUAUGCGCAUCUUGUUCAGCCUUCGCAGCACUCAUGAUGGCUUUGUCUUCAUUACCGACGACAUGAGCGCAGGAUACAUUGCAACAGCUCUGUGCAGAACACGAGAGUCUGCGGAAGCAUUCGAUAACGGAGUCACGAAUUUCGAUCGGCACUCGACAAGUUCUUCGAGCAUAUCCAAUCCGACAGGUCCUAGUUAUGAGCCAACCUGGAUGUUCGACGACGAGGACAACUUAGCAUCGCCACGCACCAGGCCCUCGAAACACAUUACGGCGGACAAAGUAUUGAGUAAAAGCAACGCCGAUCUGACUCAUCUAGACGUGACGGCGUGGUUGUUGGAGCUCAUUCGGGUCAUCCAAAAGGACGAUGAUUGGGAAGUCUACAGCUGGGUCAUGGUCAACCUCGGAUCUCAGCUUGCGAAUGUCAAGCUGUUUUGCUCAUCGCUCGAGACCAUUGUAUUCCUACGUCAAGUCGUAUGUGCUCAAAUCAACGACUACAAGAUGCACGAACCGCCAGUAGCAUCAGGUCUGAAGAAAUCCGAUGUGGCUAUGUGUCUGUUCAACAUCCUCACGCCACUGAUCGCGUAUGCCACUAAGCGCGGCGAGGUGAUCCAGAAAGAAUUCGGGGACGAGCUAGUGAAAGCCUUCCUCAACGGCGUUGCCAGCCAGCACUACGAAGGAACCGCUCGAGGCUGCAUCCACGCACUUUCCAUCUGCAUUUUCGAGAUACCGUCCUCGGUUGCGUCGCUCUUUCCAAAUAUUCUGGAACGAGCAUCACGCAGUAUGACGCAGUCGCAUCUUACACUUCACAUGCUCGAAUUCCUCUCGGAAGUGGCGAGUCUAGAAGAGCUGCAUUCCAACUUCAUGCAACAGGAAGUUGCGAAGAUGUUUGGCAUGUGCAUCCAAUUUCUGGAAAGAACACGAGAACAGGCGACGCUGUCAAUGAGCAAUGUACAACCAAGAGUGGCAACGCCGUCGAGACAAAGCGGUGUCACUCUGAAGCGCCCACCAUACAGAGCAGCAAUGAUGAAGGAUGUGGGCGUACCACAGUACGCCUCGGCUCUCGCGUACCACACGAUGAUCCGGUGGUUCCUGUCGCUACGUCUGGAAGUCAGAGCUCGUCUAGUGUCUUGGAUCGUUCCCCGCUUCAUCUGGAAGAGCAGCCAAGGCGAAGAGAUGAUUGAUGAGCAAAGCGAGGUAUUCAUCGACAUGAUGCAACGCACUGCGUUUUCCGAUCUCGGAGAGACGCAACCCAAUCCGUCCUUCUCCAAACCGACCGACGGAUCUAUCUCGUCAGCCUCAUGGGUAAUGGGCUACAGUAUCAUCACCGCCGAAACGGCAGGUCACACAGGUUUGACACAAAUUACCAAACGGCAAGCCUCUGGCACCACGCACGCCAUCUACCAACAGCUGACCACCAAGGUGCCCGGACAUCUGGCGCCGUCCAACACCGAGAUCCAGCCUGGCGCCGAGAAUGACGGACCGCCGACGGAAAUGCUUCCAGCUCACAUUUUGCUUCAAAUGGUCUCCACCGCUGCACCCAUUCCAACAGAAGAUCAACCAAUCACUCUUCCGCACGAUGACUUCGUCAACCGGGCCCUGACCUCCUUUGAUCGUAUACCAACCGUCGAUAGCCACAAAGCCGGUGUCAUCUACAUUGGACCAGGUCAGACCGAGGAAGCAGACUAUCUUUCGGCCGGCAGCGGGUCGGCAGAUUAUGACCGCUUUGUGGAUGGACUAGGCUACAAAGUCGCUCUUGAGGGCGAUCUCGAAUUCAACCCGCAGGGCCUGAGCCACCCACGCGAUGGCAGCACCACAGUCGCCUGGCGAGACCGAGUCACCGAAAUGGUCUUCCUGAUCCCGACAAUGAUGCCACCCAACCCGAACGACGACCCAGAGUGGCUGCACAAGAAAGCACACGUCGGCAAUUGCUUCGUCAACAUCAUAUUCAACAACUCCGGCCUCCCCUGGGACUUUGAGCGUCUCCGCUCGCAGUUGAACUACAUCAACAUCGUGAUCACGCCCGCAGAUACCAUCGAUGAAGUCGAUGCUAUCGAUACUAAGAAGUCACCGUCGAUGCCAGCCUUCUACCAUGUCCAAGUCCUCACAAAGCCCUCUUUUCCCAACAUCUCGCCUGCUGCAGACCUCAAGGUCAUUUCUGCGACUCAGCUACCGAAGUUCGUGCGUGUGCUCGCAAUCAAUGCGAACGUAUUCGCACAGUGCUGGCAGACGAAGGACACGGAUAAGGAGUUUCCAAGCAAUUGGCGGGAGCGGCUAGCGCAGAUCAAGCGGCUGAAAGCACGUAUGGCGGUACGGAUUGGUAGUGGAACAGACAAUGUGGCUGGGGCUGGAACGACGAUGAGUCCUCCGCCAUCAUCGGGUGGUGGAGGAGGUCGCAGGACCCCAGCACCGAAAGACGAUACGGGUGGUGGCGGUAAAGCUGAUGGAGCAUUGGCUAAACAGUUGGAUUUCGGGCGCUGGACAUUUUGA